AUGCCGCGACGUCGGGCCAGUAUUUCUAAUUCAAUCCAGAUAUCUACUUCAUCACAUCCUGCAAAUAUAUCAUCUAUAAACCUGUUAUGCACUGCCCUAAAGGAGAAUGGCUCCACCUGCCCAGUAGCGAUAUCCCGGAUUGAUCAAAAAUAUUGCACCGAUCAUCGUAAAGAGUAUCAAGGACUUUAUGAGUCCUAUAAGCAGCUUCACGGCGAAUAUGAUGGUAUCAACCUAGAAGCCCGGCCCAGAGGCGCCUUGGGAGGCCCCGAGUUGAUGAUUUGGAAGAUGCGGAUUUCGGAAAAGAUCGAGAAAGGGGAAGAAGCUGCCCGACAAAGAAGUCAGGUUAAUCGUCGAUUUUUCAGCCAGGGCGCUCAAAGUCAAAUCGAUCGCAACCAUGUUCGAGAGAUUUUGAAACUCGAAUUCGAUGUCGGGGUUUGGAAGCGGAACCUAAAAGUAUGGAACGACGAGGAGCAAUUACUUCAAAGGGCCAGGAAUGCUCAAAAGGCUGUAGAUUCUGAAAGGGCUAGGAUUUCUCAAUUGCUGGAAGAUGAGAGGCGCACCAGAAUUGCUCGAGAGGCUAGAGACUACCAAAUCGCCAGAGAUACUCGACAAAAGAUUAGUUUAUCACUCAGCGAUCUGCCCUACCCUACCUUAAUGCUCGGUUUAGUAGGUAUUGGAGAGCUAUUACUCCUGCCCUUCUUAUUCAUUACAAUACACUUCAUCUACUCUUUCUUCAACCCUGCGGCCAGCGGACCAGGCGAGGCACCAAAUCCAGGGGCAACCGAACUGCCUGGGAGUUCAUCGCUAGAGGACCUUCUCAACUCCCCCGCUAUUAUUACUACUGUGGGCUAUGCAACGACCAUAUUCUGGUGGAGCGAGGUAGCCGUUUUCGUUGCAGGGCUCCUUCUUGCCCUGAUUUUCGUUUUACUAAAAACGGGUAUCGACGAAGACAGAACAGCUAUCUUCAACAAGAUUAGAUACGCUUGA